GAGGCAGUCAGUAGUGUGCGGACACCCGGAGCCAGCGAGGCGAAGCACCCAGCACCAUGGAGGUAAAGUGUAUCCACAUGGGAGAGUACACCCUGAAGUUCGAGGAUGGUCCGGAGCUGGGGGAGUCGUUCGAACAACGAGCCUUACAGGAGCUCAGGGAAACUCCGGAGCGUAAAGAAGAGGCUUUGGAAAAACUCCGCGACUUAUUGAGGAACGAGGAAGAUUUGGUCGUUCCCCUGGACAACGAGACAUUCCUACUAUCAUACCUCAGGCCCUGCAAGUUCUACCCGGAGAGUGCCUUUGAAAGGAUUUGCAAGUUCUACAAGUUCCGGCCGAAGCACCCUAAGUACUUUGGCAACCUGGUGCCAAGCAAUGACAAGAAUGUGUUCCAGAACUGUCUACUCACUGUACUGCCCCACAGGGAUCAGCAUGGCAGCCGUAUACUCAUGGUGGAGGCGGGAGACAAGUGGAAGCCGAAGGACUGUAGCCUGGUGGAGCUGCUACGAGGAAUUCUGAUGAUUCUGGAGGCAGCCAUCUUGGAGCCACGGACUCAGAUCUCUGGUGCCAUCGUUCUCGUAGACCUGCAAGGUCUCUCUCUACACCACGUGUGGCAGUUUAGCCCGGGCUUCGCCAGCAUGCUGGUGGAGUGGGUCCAGGAUCUCAUCCCUUGCCGAAUCAAGGCAAUCCACAUAGUUAAUCAGCCAUACAUAUUCAACAUGCUAUUCAACAUAUUCAAACCAUUUCUUCGAGAGAAGCUAAGGAAUAGGAUACACUUCCACGGUGAAGACCGCAGUUCGCUGCUGAGCCACAUAGACUCCAAGUUCGUUCCGACGCAGUAUGGAGGUGACAUGUACCUGCCAUCAGACCAAGGCAUCGAACUGCACAGACUGCUCAGCCUGUACGAGGACAAGUAUCGAAAAACUUCAGAGUAUGGAUACAUCACUAAGCAAAAAGGCAAGAAAAGAUGAGGAAGGCUGAAGUUAUCACAGUGAAAGCAUAAUGAAAUUAGAAGUUCUCUAUUGAACUUCACAGAUGUAUUUUUUACCAUAGGUAUAACAUUGUAUUUUUAAUUAUUUGUGAUUAUUAUUAUUAUUGUAAUAAAAUUAAAUUUAAAUACUG